AUUUUUGGCCCGGCCGGGGGCCAAUACUUACAGUGAGCAGAAUUUGGCAAACGUGUAUACGGUCUCUUUUUCCUUCUGAACAUACAAUGGCUGCUUCUCAGAACAAGGCUCUCGCUGCCAAGAAGGCCGCCCUCAAGGGUGUCCAUGGUAAGGCUGUCCGUAAGAUUCGUACCUCCACUCACUUCCACAUCCCCAAGACCUUGGUUUUGAACCGUGCCCCCAAGUAUGCUCGUAAGUCUAUUGCCCAUGCUCCCCGUAUGGAUCAAUACCGUGUCAUCCGUCAGCCUCUUAACACCGAGACUGCCAUGAAGAAGAUUGAGGAACACAACACCUUGACCUUCCUCGUUGAUGUCAAGGCCAACAAGAACCAAAUCAAGGAUGCCGUCAAGAGACUCUAUGAUGUCGAAGCUGCCCAAGUUAACACCCUCAUCAGACCCGAUGGUUACAAGAAGGCUUUCGUUCGUUUAACCGCUGAUGUUGAUGCUUUGGAUGUUGCCAACAAGAUUGGUUUCAUCUAAACUAUUCACUCAUUAUUGAGUAGGUGUCUUAGCCGAAUAAAAUUAAAAUAAAAUGAUCUCUUUACUGUAAAGAAGCAUAAAAAACAAA